AUGUGCGCAUCUGGUGGGCAUUUGGAUAUUGUAGAGUGUUUGAUAGAUAAAGGAGCAAAUGUUAAUAUUGUAGAUGAAUCAAACUGGACUCCUUUACAUAUUGCAGUAUCCACAGGAAAUCUGGAUAUUGUGCAAAAGUUGGUUCUAGCAGGAGCUAAUAUCAAUAGUCAAAAUGACAUUGGACUAACUCCCUUGCAUUACGCAGCUUCAAAAAAUAAGCUAGAAAUCGGAAGAUUUUUGUUGGAAAAAGGUGCAGAAGUCAAUAUUAAAGACAAAAACAAUCAAACUCCACUUCAUCGUUGUACAGUACAUGGAUAUUCCUUAUUUGCAAAAUCUUUGAUAGAAAAUGGAGCAAAUCUCAAUGUACCUGAUAAAGUCAAGAAUACACCUCUACAUUUGGCAUGUGAAGAAGGACAUGGAGAUACUGCACGGUUGUUGAUUGAAAAUGGUGCCUCUAUUGAUAUGGAAAAUGACGAAAUGAAAACUCCGUUGGAUCUUUGUGAUAAGAAAUUAAAAAAUUAUUUAAUGACGCAUCUUACUGGUUGA